UACCUGACUAAAGAUGAUAAACUCGUUGCUUUCCACGAUGACAAUACACAGAAUUUGACCGGAGUAAACAAGACCGUUUGGGAAAUGACUGCAGAUGAACUAACCAAUCUUACUAUCAAAGAUUCUCUUGAGUUCGGCCCAAACACAUACACGUUUUCCGGACGUCCUCACAUACCGCUUGUACAAGACGUUCUCGAGGCGAUGAAUAAUAGUGGUAAAAUUAUGUUUCUGGAGAUCAAGCCAAAUCACGCAAACAACUUCAGUGCCAGCUCCAGGGCAGGUCAGCUAGUCGCUAAGAUGGUAACAGAUAUGGGGCUUGUAAACCAGGCCUCUAUUACGUCAUUUGAUCCAAUCAAAGUACGAGCUGCACACCAAGAGAAUCCGAAUAUUCCAACAGGAAUGUUCUACAUGAGACCCUACUGGGACACAAAAUGUAACAUUCUGCAAGACGCUUUACAGAUGUUACCAGAGAUGAAGGAAUGCCCCUUGAUUAAUGUAUCUGACUGUCAAUCAUUCAUGAAAGGGGUGUUUGGAUCUGGGGACGUAUUGAAGGCUGUCAACGCAUCCUUCUUGGACAUGGAUUACAAGAUCUAUGAUAAUUCUCUUUACUCUAACCACACCUUUGACGUUCUUCAUAAGAACUACAGUCCUACAAUCAGUGCAGGGGCAUGGGCUAUGUACAGUAUGGCUCUGAAAAACGACUCUGCAGAGGAUGUGAAUCAAGAUUCAGAGAUUGAAAGGUUGAGGAAGAUCGGAGUGAAACGAUUCAUCACGGAUGAUGUGAACCGUCUGCUUCAUAAACUUGGUCGUGCUAGUACUAGUACUGUGCUUCCCGCGUCCGAAAGCACGACGCGUACGAGUUCGAGUUCGAGUUCGAAUUCGAGUUCGAGUUCGAAUUCGAAUUCGAAUCCCGCAAAUACUACGCGUCCAUCCUCUUCAGCCGUGAAAGAAAUACCUUGCACUGCGUGCUACAUGAUGGCGUUCCUUAUCUUGUUGUUUUGUUUUUAGUCUCGGUAAUUGGAAAGGAUAGCUGUACGCAAGCAUAUAUAAGCUAGAUUAUUAAAAGAGAUUCAGUAAUUCAGUAAAAGCAGUAAUAAAUAUUGCUAAAAAUCCAAGUAAUUUUAGUAAAUAAUCAUCUUUGUUAAAAAGUGAA